AUGGUACCCCGACCGGAUAUCAGAGCAUUGGACCAGAUCGUACUUAAACCACCAAAGGAUCGAACCUUGAGAUUUAGAGAAGAUGGAACAUUUCACAUUGGAGUCUUUGAGGAUUUACAUUUCGCUGAGGAUGACGAAAAAGACAAGAAGUCUAAAGAAGUGAUGUCAAAUAUCCUCUCGAAAGAGGAUAUCGAUUUCGUAGUCAUAAACGGCGACCUAGUGUCUGGUGAAAAAACACAAAAACCUGAUUCCAGCAAAUAUAUCCACUCGGUCGUUUCCCCGCUCGUCGAGCAGGGGUACAGCUGGGCAUCGACCUACGGCAACCAUGACAGUGAGAUUAAUUUGAAUCCGAAAGAUGACAUGUUCAAGGCCGAGCAGAAGUACCCCAACAGCUUGACGCAGAGUAGGAUCUCCGGCGACAAAGCCGGAAUCACAAAUUAUUACCUACCGGUGUUUUCCCAUGGAGAGGCAAAUACCAGCACACCGGUGCUGCUACUCUGGUUUUUUGAUUCGAAGGGUGGGCACUAUUAUAAAAAUCAAGGGGACGGCGGGCCUGCUGUUAAAAGACCCAGUUGGAUCCAUGAAUCAGUCGUUGAGUGGUUCACCAAAACCAAUUCCAAACUGAAAAAGGAGUAUGGAAAAGUCAUCCCAUCACUAGCAUUUUACCACAUCCCCGCCCACGCAAUGCUCGAACACCAACAAACAAGAGGCAUAAAUCCGCGUCUGACGCCCGGCGUGAAUCACGAGCCUGUUCACCCACAAGGAACGGGCGAUUGGAGUUACGACGGCCAGGAUGUCAUGUUCAUGGACGCGCUCCUUCACACCGAAGGCUUAAUCGCGGGAUUUAGCGGCCACGAUCACCAAAAUGAUUGGUGCUUUAAAUGGGAUGGCUCUCUGGUCGACCAUGAUCUAACCGGGAAUGGUAUCAACAUGUGCUACGGUCGGCAUACGGGGUAUGGUGGCUACGGCGAUCUAGUCCGCGGUGGACGGCAGAUCUUACUCCACGAGGACAAUCUCGUAGAUGGCACUGAGACGUGGAUUCGAUUAGAAGAUGGGUUGACCCAGGCUCGUGUCACGUUAAACACAACCUACGGACAGGAUCCUUACCUUGCUGUUACUAAUGGUGCUGUGAAGCCCGACUCCUUCACACAAGCCUCUUUGCUUCCUCUUUCGUGGUGGUGGAUUCCGAUUAUGAUACUCUCGCGGUGGAGAAUGUAA